AGUCAACGCUCAGUAUGCAAUAUAGUUCUAUACAAUUUUUGUUAAUCCUUUGAUAAGAAUGUUCUCUUUCUUCGAAUAGACUUAUGAGCUUAUCAUCCUUUCCAUCAUCUUCUAGAUCUAGAUCCUCUCUUCUUACUAAUGAAUUCUUCUUUUUCCAUUUCCACGCUUUUCAGAAAACUCAGAUUCCAACAAAAUAGCGAACAAGUAGAUUCUCCCUCAUCUUCUUCAUCAGUUCCUCCAUCGUCUUUGUCAAGAACUUGGAAACACCAUGUCUUCCUGAGUUUCCACGGGGAAGAUGUCCGAAAAACAUUUCUUACCCACAUCCUUAAAGAGUUAAGAGGGAAAGGAAUCGAUCCAUACAUCGAUAACGAUAUCGAGAGGGGCAAGUCAAUUGGUCCUGAGCUCAUAGAAGCUAUCAAAGGAUCAAGGAUCGCAAUCGUCUUGCUUUCUAGGAACUACGCUUCUUCAUCCUGGUGCCUGAAUGAGUUGGUGGAGAUCAUGAAGUGCAGAGAAGAGUUGGGUCAAAUAGUGAUGACCAUUUUCUAUGAUGUAGAUCCAACUGACGUCAAGAAACAGAUGGGAGCCUUUGGGAAAGUAUUCAACAAAACUUGUAAAGUUAAACCCAAGAAGGAGAUAAAGAGAUGGAGAAUAGCUUUGGAGGGUGUGGCCACAAUUGCCGGAGAGCAUUCACGCAACUGGGUUAGUGAAGCUGACAUGAUAGAUAAAAUAGCUAUGGAUGUUUCAAAUAAGUUGAAUAACUCCACACCAUCAAGAGACUUCAACAGUUUAGCUGGAAUGGGAGCUCAUAUGAAAAAUAUGGGACCAAUGCUAGGUCUAGAAUCGGGUGAGGUGAGGAUGAUUGGGAUUUGGGGUCCAUCUGGGAUUGGGAAGACCACCAUCGCUAGAUUUCUGUAUAACCAAAUCUCGAGCAGUUUUGAGUUGAGCGUCUUUAUGGAGGAUAUCAAAGAGUUAACGUCUACAAGGCGAGUGUCUUCUGAUGACUAUAGUGCAAAGUUGUACUUACAGAAACAGUUUUUGUCCCAGAUACUCAACCACAAGGAUAUUGAGAUUCCUCAUCUUGGAGUUGUACAAGAUAGGUUGAACGACAAGAAAGUGUUGAUUGUUCUUGAUAACAUUGAUCAGUCUAUACAAUUAGAUGCCAUCGCAAAAGAGACUAGCUGGUUUGGUCAUGGAAGUCGGAUCAUCAUCACAACUCAAGACCAAAAACUUUUGAAGUCACAUGGCAUCAACCAUAUUUACAAGGUGGAUUUCCCGUCAGUAUAUGAAGCUUCUCACAUCUUUUGUAUGUAUGCUUUUGAUCAAAAGUUCCCCAAAAAUGGUUUUGAGUCACUUUCAUGGGAAGUUACAAACCUUUUGGGUAAACUGCCAUUGGGAUUAAGAGUUAUGGGUUCCCAUUUCCGAGGAAUGUCUAAGCAGGAAUGGAUAAGCGCACUACCAAGGUUAAGAACUCGCCUUGAAGCCAACAUUCAAAGCAUUUUAAUGUUCAGUUACAAUGCGUUAUGUGAUGAAGAUAAAGAUUUAUUUGUUCAUAUAGCCUGUCUUUUCAACUAUCAAACGAUUGACAGAGUGGAAGGUCAUCUCGGUAAGAACUUCUUGGAUGUGAGGCAACAAUUGCACAUUUUAUCUGAGAAAUCUCUGAUUUCUAUUGUAAAUGGGCGUAUAUUUAUGCACAAUCUGCUAGAACAAUUGGGUAAAGAAAUUGUUCGUCAUGAGACCGGGAACAAAUCCAUUAUUAAACCUGGGAAGCGUCAAUAUUUGGUUGAUGCUAGAGAUAUAUGUGAAGUACUCACUAAUGACACGGGUACUAAAAGUGUUAUAGGCAUACACUUUGAGUUGUCUGGAUUGACAGACAAAUUGAGUAUAAGUGAAAGGGCUUUUGAAGGGAUGACUAACCUUAAAUUCUUAAGAUUCAAGUGUAUGUAUUGUAAUAGGAGUCGUAAGUUAUGCUGCUCUCCGGAAGCUUUGAAUCAUCUAUCUCAAAAACUACGGUUACUAUAUUGGGAACAUUUUCCAAUGACAUGUCUGCCUUCCAAUUUCGGUACGGAGUGCCUAGUCGAAUUAUAUAUGGUAGACAGCCAACUUCAUAAGCUAUGGGAAGGAGAUCGACCGCUUGGAAACCUCAAGUGGUUGAAUAUGACUGAGUCGAAAAACCUAAAGGAAUUGCCUGAUCUCUCAAGUGCCACUAAGCUUCAACAUAUGCUUCUUUCUUCGUGCUCAAGUUUGGUGGAGCUACCGUCCUUGAAUGCCAGUAAUUUAAAAGAAAUGGACAUUUCUAAAUGCUCAAGUUUGGUGGAGAUUCCUUCCUGGAUUGGAAGUGCCAUUAAUCUCUGCUUUUUGAAUCUCACGGGAUGUUCAAGUCUGGUGGAGCUCCCGUCCUCUAUUGGUAAUGCCACUAAUCUCCAAGUAUUGAAACUUGAUAUGUGCACUAGUCUGGUAGAGCUGCCCUCCUCUAUUGGAAAUCUUCAUAAAUUGCGAAAAUUGAAUGCAAAUGGAUGCUCAAAACUAGAGGUUAUUCCUACCAACAUCAACUUGGAAUCUCUUGAGGAACUUCAUUUAUGUGAUUGUUUGAUGCUGAAAAGUUUUCCUGAGAUUUCCACAAAUAUUAGGCUCCUACAGAUCCAGGAAACCGCAAUAAAAGAAGUGCCUUCGUCGAUCAACUCAUGGUCUCAUCUUUCUUCCUUGGCCAUGUCAUUCAAUGAAAACCUCGAGGAAUUCCCGCAUGCUCUUGAUAUCAUCACAUCGUUGGUAUGUAAAGAUACAGAAAUCCAAGAAAUUUCUCCGUGGGUCAAGAAAUUGACUCGUCUUCAGUUACUUGAACUCAUUGGAUGCAAGAAACUAGUAUCAAUCCCACAGCUUCCGGAUUCCUUAAUUAGCAUAUGGGCAGAAGAUUGCGACUCAUUAGUAAGACUCGAUUGCUCCUUUCACAAUUCAAAGAAAUUUCUUGAGUUUGUUAAAUGCUUCAAACUGAAUAAAGAAGCAAGGGAACUCAUCAUUCAGAAUAGAACUCAAUUUACGGUCUUACCUGGUGAAGAAGUGCCUGCAAACUUCACUUACCGAGCUAAUACUGGAAGUUCCGUAGUGGUAAAUUUGAAUCAAAGGCCUCUAUCUAAAACCUCGAGAUUUAAGGCUUGUAUCUUGCUGGUUAAUAAAGAGGACAAGGAGAAGGAGGUGUUUGUUAGGAAAAAUAUAAGAAUAUGGUAUCUCAUCAUGGAAAAACAUAAUCCUGGCGUCUUUGUUCCAUGCAGACCUACGGGCUACUCUCCAGUUCGCUAUUUUACUGAGCAUUUGUACAUCUUUGAGUUUGAGGGGAAUAUGACAUCUAACGAGCUGUUCAUUGACUUCAAAGUCGACCAUAGCGACAUAAAAAUAAAAGAAUGCGGGGUAAUCCAACUCUAAGUCUGUCAUAUUGAUGGACAUGAAGAGAGAGAGAGAGAGAUGGCGAUGGAGUCUGAAGAUAAAUGCUACGAAAUUAACACUGGAACUGUCGAACUGAAGUCGUUGGAGAUCAUGACAGUGUAGAGACGAAGAAUAGAGGCAAACGAGUGAAAUUUAUUCAAUGAGAUUCAUAUGUUGCAGGGCUUGGCUAAGUUGUUGAUUUAUGUGUAUCAGUGUGUGAUGUUGGGUUAUGUGUAAUUUGACUAACGAGUGAAUUCAGUAUAUGUUGCUUAAUUCGCAAAAUGUUGUAGUUUCUGUAUAUAACUGGAAAAUAUGUACACACUCAUACCUAUACUCUUUACUUUUUGUGUUGUAUACGUUAAUAUCAUUUGAUUUGAACAUUU